AAUCCAGCUUGGCAAGAAUUGAACAGCCCUAAUAAUAAGGUUUACUGGCUGGGCAAGGUGAGCCACAUUCGCUUCACAUAAAUAUCUUAUUGCAGCGUGUGAAGCACUCAAUAAUACCCAUUAGAUACCCACAAUGAUUUUGCUCACUCUCUCCACUGAACGUGUUCGCAAUACCGUCAUCACCAACGAGCAAGGACAAGCUAUUUACAAGACAAACACUCUGUUCAGACUAGGCACCCGCACCACGACCAUUCAGAAAGUCAGGCCAAAUGAUAACAAGGAUCAUAUGCACGACCAGUUCGAUGUCUUAGGAGAGAUCGAGUGGCACACAUUUGUUUCUUCAAAAUUCCGUUACCAUGGAACUGAAGUAAAGACGAAGGAGUUCAUACCGAAGAGAGGCCUAUGCGGUCGGAAGCGCGUCUUCACAGGACCAGAUGGCCGUCCCUAUCGCUGGGACCUCAAGUGCAGAGUGGUAGUUCUCUCGCGAGACGAUAAGCCUCGAACAGAGGUCGCUCGCUUUCAUAGAGCGACUCUAGGAAUUAUAGGAAAGAAACGUAAAGCCACGUUGGAAGUAUCUCCUGAAGUGGCUCAUAUGAUGGAUACUGUCAUCAUGACGUUCAUCUAUGUCGAGCAACUUAGAAGGAACAAAGAACAAGCCUCGAGAAACGCCGCAAUGUCAGCCUGAUAGGCUUACCGCAUCACUGACGCAGCAUAUGAUGCAGCCUAUGGCGCAAUACCCUUCGAUGACGCAUAUUAUCUACAUGGACAUCGUGCCUACAUACCUGUACUUGAAGAUCAUCUCCUCUUUACCCCUUAUCAGUCAUACGCUCUGCCACGUUAUUGUUCCGUCUCUUAGUGUUGCCAUCGACGUAUGGUUCCACGCAGCCUCGAAUGCGAAUGUACCCUAUGAAAUGGGAUUGACAAACUUAGAUGGGCAGGUCUGUUUUGAUCCGC